AUGCAAUCGAAUCCUUGCAGGUUCUUGAUUGGAUGUUUGCAGUACAUCGCUAUAGGCACGCGACUUGAUGUGGCGUAUGUGGUCACACAGCUGUCGCGUUUCCUAGAGAAUCCGGGUCAGCAGCAUUCGAAGGCUGUGAUACGUGCUCUCAGUUAUCUCAGGACAACAAAGGACUACGGUAUCACUAACGAUGGCAUCGCGAGCGAAGUGCAAACCGCAGCAUACACGGACGCAGACUGGGGCAGUAAUAUCGACAACCGACUAUCAUACUCGGCGGAGGCGGAGUACACGGCUAUUAGCCUAUGUACUCAAGAGGUGCUAUGGGUCCGUGCGAUGCUUAAGGAUCUCGGCCAUAAACGAGUGGGAGAUACGUUGAUCUGGAAAGAUAACCAAGGUGCGAUUGGACUUGCCAACAAUGCGGGAUGCAAUGCUAGAACUAUGCAUGUCGACAUUUGUCACCAAUUCAUUCGGAAGAACGAGUACCAAGCCAUCAAUAUAUCGAUAGAGGAUUAUCUUGCAGACAUGUUAACCAAUGCACUAGAAACCAAUCUUCCCAAGUACUCUCUUUACGAAGUGGUAUAG